UUCAGUUUCAAAAGGUGAAGAGAAGCUGGAAAUUAGGAAGGAGGAAGCGUUUCCUGCUGCAGGUCUGAGAAAGGGCAGGCUGGCAUGGAGAAAGAGAAGUUCCAGCAGAAGGCUCUGAAGCAAACUAAGCAGAAGAAAUCCAAGUCGGCUGAAUUUCUGAUGGUGAAAGAAGAGAGGGCAGCGACAGGAGGCAUUGAAAAUCCAGCUUUUAACAUCAGCAGCACAGAUCUUUCAGCAUAUCAGCCUUCAGAAGAGAAAGUUAUUAAACAUGACAAGCCAGCUAGCACCCUUGCAGCUCACCAACAAAAACUCAGGCUGCAAGCCCAUGCUGAACCAAGAGGAAAUGAAUACAGCAGAAAUUACUUUGACCCAUUGAUGGAUGAGGAAAUAAACCCAAGGCAGUGUGGGAUGGAGGUCAGUGGAGAAGAUUCUAUGAUAUCUGCUGAGCAAAUCCUGUACAGUCAACUGAUGAAGAUUCUAGAUGAAGAAGACAAGAUGCUGAACUUCCAAGCCCAUCUUGCCAGGGAGGAUUUUCCAGACCCCGUGAUGCCUGUCAGCUCCAGUCAGGCACGUGACCUUCACAGGGAGCUGGAAGAUGAAGAGAUUCCUUCAUAUAUCGAACAGUUUGAGAGAGAUGUUCAAGAUGACAUAAUUCUGCUUGGCAGCUUUUCACUGGAACAGCACCACAAGGAAGACUCCCACCACACAAAACAGAAGCUGCAAGCCAGGAUUCGUGAACUCCUUCAAAGUUCUUCUUCCAUCUCUAAGUGCUGCAGAGUGGGAAGUCAGCUGUUGAAAGCAGACGAGAAUGGAUGUGGAGAAGACAUGAGAGCCAGCUUUGGUAGCUUUGCAAGUGUGAAGACUGGAUUAAAUGGAACAGCUUGUGGGAAGGUUGACUGCUCCAAGACACUGCAGCCGAUAGAAAUCCAUGUCAAGUGCCUAAGGGGAGUCAAAGAUAAGGUUCCUAAAGGCCACUACACCCUCAAAGUUUCUGUUCUCAGUCGCUUAGGUGGUGGCUUACUGGAGCAGCCCCAGCUGGAGGAGCAGCCUCAGGCCAGGACAACGCUGCCCGUUAGUCACGAUGGAAACUUCUACAACGUUGAAAUCUACUUUGGACAAAGCAUCCAGACAGUUCUACCGCCUAAAAAAGCUGUGAAGCCAGGCAUGGUCCUCCUCUUUGAACUCUUCCUUCUUCGUGGGAGCUGCACUUGGAUUGAUCGAGAAGUGGGCUGGGGAGCUUUUCCCUUGUGUGACAGUAAUUGCAAUGCUUUGGAGGGAAAAUUUAAAUGCCCCUUCCUCAGAGGCCACUACGACCCCAAAGUUGACCGAUUCAAAAAAAUACAGAGUUUUAUUUCUCAAGACUUGGAUCAUUGGUUAUGCAACCUGUACUUUCAGAUAAUUAAACUACCCCUGGAUUCAGAUGAGCAAAAUCCAUGUGAUGGGCACCUUCGUUUCCCACCUGAACUUCCCAGGCAUUCAAGAGCUGCUGAAAACAAGGGUCUCUCAGAGAAGAUCAAACAGUCUGAACCACAAGUUGAUGGAUUCAAACUUUCAGAAGAUGAUUUUUACUGUGAUUACAAUGACACUGCAGAUGAGCACUACAACCAGCAUCAGCUGAAGGAAAGCCAAGGACAACAAGACAAGAAGCCUCCUACCACCAGAUACUUAUACUACCCUUAUUCACAGUAUCUUGGCCAAGAACAUAAUGAGUUUGGGAACAAAUUACAUGUCAUCAGUACAAAUUACUUGUCAUCAGUACAAAUUACAAUGAAAUCACAUCUGCAUUAUGAUAACACUUUCUGGAUCAACAUGUCUGCAGUGAAUUAUGACUACAAACAUGAAUAUUCAAAUUAA